GGCUAAUAUUCCUUUCCUUUUCUAUAGCCAGUGAUAUCACUUCUCAUCCCCUCCGACGCGUCUCGUCUAAGCUUAUCCUUUUUCGGAGGGGAACUCGAUACAUUCAUUUAAUCCCCUUUCAACUCUGGUCGCUGUCUUAUUAUUAUACAUAUUAAUACUCCUAAUAUCGAUUAUAUCGAUCCCUUUUAGUCUUCGCUUCUGCCUGACAUGCAAUAAGUCUCCAAAUAGCUAUCUGAGUCAUGUGGAGGCGAACCUAUUUGCUUCUACUGGUGAUUCGUGUUUACUUUGCGCUGUCACCCAGCUAUCUCCAUCCGGACGAGAACUUUCAGGGUCCAGAGAUCUUUGCAGGUCGCAACUUUUUCUAUCCUUCCAUACAAUCAUGGGAAUUCACCUCCGAUCACCCCAUUCGCAGCGUCUUCCCGCUAUGGCCCGUCUACGAUGUGCCUAUGAGCCUGCUGAAAUGGUUCUACUCGGAGAUGGGAAUGGGGAACCCGCCCCCAAAGCUGGUCUAUAAUGUCAUUCGAGGUGUCAUGUUCCUGUUAACCUUUGUACUGGAAGAUUGGGCAAUCUAUGAGUUCGUACCGUCUCCGCGGCAUCGGCGCGCAACCAUCGUGCUGGUGGCCUCGUCGUAUGUCACAUGGACCUAUCAGACGCAUACGUUUUCCAAUUCGCUCGAGACUCUGCUGGUCGCCUGGGGGCUGGUGUUGAUCCGGCGCAUCGUUGAGAACAAACGACGCUCUUCGCAUUUCUCCUGCGCCGUGCUCGCAUUCAUCGCCGUAGCUGGUGUCUUCAAUCGCAUCACUUUCCCAGCUUUCCUCGUCCUUCCGGGGCUCCUGCUGUUGCCGCAUUUUCAGCGCAAUCCACUCUCCAUCCUCUCCUUCAUCCCCUCCGGACUGUUCUUCGCUUUCAUCGCAAUCCUCGGCGACACAAUCUUCUACAAACCCUCCGUAUCACUCAUCGAAGCUCUACGCUCUCCCGUAAUUACCCCCCUCAACAAUUUCCUCUACAACUCCGAUGCCUCAAACCUAGCCCACCAUGGCCUCCACCCACACUACCAACACUUUCUCGCCAAUCUCCCCCAACUCCUAGGCCCCGCCUAUAUCAUGAUGAUCGCGUCGCUAUUCUCUGGCAAUCCCAAACGGCCGCUAGCCAUCCCCUCGUGGGUGAAGAACAUGCGCGCUGCAUCUGCCAUCUCAGCUACCAUCCUCCUCUCUGUCUUCCCGCACCAGGAACCGCGCUUUCUGAUUCCCUGCAUUCCAUUACUCCUCAGCUGUUUCCAUAUGCAAAGUACCCGGAAGCAAUCCGUGCUUCUGCAGGGAGCUUGGGUUAUCUUCAAUGUCACCAUGGCUGUUCUCAUGGGUAUUUACCAUCAGGGCGGCGUGGUACCGACUCAGCUCGCCAUUCCCGGUAUUAUCGCAGACCACCGAGCAGGACAAGACGCCGCAGCUGCCACAGUCUUCUGGUGGAAGACUUACUCUCCUCCGCGAUGGUUGCUAGGCGAGUCCCUCGACAUCACCACAAACGACCUAAUGGGUAUUCCCGGCGAGGAACUGAUCAGCCACCUCAACCAAACCCUUCCUACAUGCCCAGUCGACGUGAACAACAUAGACAAGGACAAGGAAAUAUAUGUGGUUGCGCCAAAAUCAGCCACCUUCCUCGAUCGCUACAUACCUACUUCUUCCUCUCAGUCCAAUGAAGAAAAGGAGGAUAUCGAGCUCCACGAACUGUGGUACUACAAGAAACAUCUCAACCUCGAUGACCUGGACUUUGGUGAUGAUGGUGUGAUCCCCACGUUAUUUCGUGUUGUGGGUAGACGGGGGUUGGGUGUUUGGGCAGCUAGACGGCAGUGUUUAUCUGAGGAUAAAGGACCAGAUUAGCAAGUUUCUUUCUUUUUUUAUUUUAUUUGUCAGAGUAGGUAGAUUAUUUAGAUUUAAAUAUAAAAUAGGCAUAUUUGGUUGGUUGAUAGGUUCGGAAUAUAUGCAUACUGCAUGUGGGAAACAUGCAUAGUAACCCUUCAAUGACCAUGACAAACAAUCAAUUUCGUGUGACGGUUGUUAUUUUAAAUCUCCAGUUUUAAUUACUAUCCUUACACUUGACUUUUACUUCGAAGAAUUAGAAAGAACAGAAUGACAG